UUCACAUAAACUUCUCGAAUGUUAACAUUUUACUGCAUAUGCUGUUUGCAAUCACUAACCUAUUCAUUGGCAACAGUCUAACAAAAUAACUUAUUAAAUCUAUAUGCUCACCUAAAUUUAAUGAACACAAUCUGUCAAACACCACCUUACAGAUACAAUACACACACAAAAUAAAUACUGUAUAUAAUUAUUUCAUUCAGGGGCAAUAAUGUUGUAUCAUUACAUACUAUAUAAAAGGAAUCAAGAAAAAUAAGUUGUUGAAGCUAUAGGGCUAUGGCAAGAAAUCUUGCACUUAUAACAUAUAAUAACAAAUAAACGAUUACAAACAACGCUUCUCACAACUAGCAAGAUUUCACAAUAUCUCCUUCUACAGGAUGAAUCACAAAUUGCUGUAAAGUUAAAGUAAAAACUGUAAAGAGAAAGAGUCCCCUUUAUUUUUAAGAUAAAUUGUUUGUGAAUAUGCAGCUUUAUUUUUCACUUGAUUUUAAUUUGACAGAUCAUAUUUUAGCAAGUAGCUGACACAAUGACAAAAAGAAUGCCUGUCAACAAUAAAGUAGGCUCCAUAGAAAUAUGCACGGAUGUGUGGAGACUCAUCUGUGUCAACCACAACAGAUCUCAAGUUCAUAAAACCAGUUUUGCCUGUCUGUCACAUGUAUGAGACAGCCCAGGCAUGUUUUACAUAGAUACUUGUUAUGCCACAUUAUAUUGUACAGUGAAGCAGAAAGAAAAAGAAAGCAAUGCUUUUCGGGUUAGGCUCUUUGAGUGUGCUAUUAUCUGGUCAGUGUGGGAAUAUAUGAAUUUGGUGACCAGCGGGUGGCUUAGAGCUAUUUGUGGAAACCAAGCCUUUAUGUUAAUCAGCUAAGAAGCUCAGCAUACAACUGCAGCCUCUCACUCUCACCAGGAUAAAAACAGUGAACAAGUACUCUGUUAUACAAGACCAAACAUUUCCUGCAAAAGCAGUGAGCAUCGUCUAAUAGCUUGGAGCACACUGAUUACAUUUAUAACAUAGACGAUUUGGAAAUACACUGUUUUUCAUGGAUAGAUUAAUUGCUUAGAGCUUUUUUUCUAAGCCUAUUUAUUCUGAUUUUCCAUGACAAUAACGAUGCUGUAAUAACUUAAUACUACUGCAGUUACUACUGAAGAAGACAGCUCACCUCCAAAAGUUGUGAACGCCUCACUAUAGUGAUGUGAAGUCUGAAUCAUUCACACGAAUCGGUUCGUUUGAACCGGUUCAAAAGAGUGAUUCAGCGAUCUUUUUUUAUUUUCAUGGCAUCAUGCAUCUCUGACAUCCCUGCGUUUCAUCCUCUAAAAAUUCCAAAUAAAAGCCACCAGCAGUUGCAUACAUAUUUUUAAUAAGUUUAAUAGUAAGAGUGUUUAUUUGGCCUAAUUUCAUGUGUAGCUUACCAGUCCAGUUUGCUAUGGACAUGUAUCAUAAAUCAAUUAGGGAUUUAGAACCGUUUAACAUUUUAUGUGAAUGGUAAUGCACUUUAGCAUGUUUUAGCAUGUUCAGACUUUUUUUUAUUAUUAUUAUUAAAAUUCAUGCCUGCUGAGAAAAAAAUGACACAUAGUUGUAUAUUUCACUAGAAUGUUAAUAUGUAUUACAUAUAACACUUUAAUUUUCAAUAGAAAUCCCCUAAUUUGAAAUUUCAAGUAAGGCUGAUUUGGCAACAUUUACCAGCACAAACAUGCUGGGUUUGAAAUUGCCUUAUGUAAAUCGCUAUUUUUUUAAAAUGGUGUUAAUGUGACCGGACCAUAAUAUUUCCACUAAUCAGCUAAUAAAGUAGUUUACUUCUCGCUUCAAUAUUAGGUAGUAUUAUCAAUUGAUAGCUGAUUUAAGAUCCGCUCGAACCGAUUCAGUCCGAUUCGUUCAGACCGAUUCAACUGAUUCGUCCAAAAGAUCCGAUUCAAAUGAACGAUUGGUUCACGAAUCGAACAUCGCUACUACACUUGCGUUAACGGCCGCUGUGUUGUUUGGAUUGCAGUAGGAGAGUGGCUAGGGAUAGAGAGAGAGAGAGAGGGAGGGAAGGAAGGAAGGAGAGAGAGAGAUGAAAAUCACUGCCCGGCCACACGACAGACACGCCACGCAUGAAGAAAUUCAACGGCCGUGGCGACACUGAAGGGCUGUCAUAUCUCGGGAGGUUGCGGACAGCGUCCGUGGUGUAGAGAGCUAACGUUACCUUGAAAAUUUCUCCCUUGUUUUCCACGAAGUGAAGGAGGUGAAAACUGUCCGCCGCCAUUUUUUGGAAGUGACUGACUGGGAGUGAAGAGUUAGCUGUAAAUUGUCCACAGCUGAUUUAGUUUAUAUUUCCUGUGAGUCUUCACCUUCAACACUGUCAGCUCGGACGGCCUGGAUACUAAUAGCUGGUGUGGGCUAAGUUAGCCACAAUAGCACGCUGAGGUUUUCUUCUGGAGUCCGCUCAAACCUGGCCUGGUGGACGGGUCCCUAUGCAUACACUGCCUCCCUCUGGCAGAUGAGUAACCAGCGGGGCACAGUCACACGGCCAGAUAGUCCCCUGCGAGCGCGGCGCGUCCUCCGGCUCGCAGCAUGCCCGUCACCAGCCGGGCAGGGAGCCUGAAGGACCCUGAGAUUGCAGAACUGUUCUUUAAGGAGGACCCCGAGAAGCUCUUCACAGACCUUCGUGAGAUCGGUCAUGGCAGUUUUGGUGCAGUGUAUUUUGCACGGGAUGUGCGGACCGCAGAGGUGGUGGCCAUUAAAAAGAUGUCCUAUAGUGGGAAACAGACUAAUGAGAAAUGGCAGGAUAUCAUUAAGGAAGUCAAGUUCCUCCAGAGAAUACAACACCCAAACAGCAUAGAGUAUAAAGGAUGCUACCUGCGGGAACACACGGCUUGGCUUGUCAUGGAGUACUGUUUGGGCUCUGCCUCUGACCUUCUUGAAGUUCACAAGAAGCCCCUUCAGGAAAUUGAGAUUGCAGCAAUUACCCAUGGUGCUUUGCAGGGCCUUGCAUACCUCCAUUCUCAUAACAUGAUUCACAGGGAUAUCAAAGCUGGGAACAUCCUGCUGACCGAGCCUGGACAAGUCAAACUGGCAGAUUUCGGUUCUGCCUCCAUCGCCUCUCCAGCCAACUCUUUUGUGGGGACACCAUAUUGGAUGGCCCCUGAAGUAAUUUUAGCCAUGGACGAGGGACAGUAUGAUGGAAAGGUUGACAUCUGGUCUCUUGGGAUCACCUGCAUAGAACUAGCGGAAAGGAAACCUCCUCUGUUUAACAUGAAUGCGAUGAGUGCCUUAUACCACAUAGCACAGAAUGAGAGCCCUAUGCUGCAGUCAAGUGAAUGGACGGAUUAUUUUAGAAAUUUUGUUGACUCUUGCCUUCAGAAAAUUCCCCAAGACAGACCACACUCUGAGGAUCUGUUGCAGCAUGCCUUCGUCCUGCGAAAGAGACCAGAAUCAGUUCUGGUAGACUUAAUUUUGCGGACAAAAGAUGCGGUCCGAGAGCUGGACAACCUGCAGUACCGCAAAAUGAAGAAGAUUCUCUUUCAGGAGGCGCACAAUGGGCCGACCACUGAGACCCAGGAGGGAGAUGAGGAGCCAGAGCACGGUCCUGGUCGCACGGGCACAGUGAGCAGUGUGGGCAGCAAUCAGUCCAUUCCCAGCAUGUCGAUCAGCGCAAGCUCUCAGAGCAGCUCAGUGAACAGCAUUCCUGAUGCAGCUGAUGACAAGAGUGACCUUGACCUAGAGAAAGACCAUACUGUUAUGUCUAAUAGUUCGGUCAUUCACCUGAAGCCUGAAGAAGAGGAGGUUUAUCCUGAGGAUCCUGAAACACGUCCUCGUCCCUCAGAAGCCCAGGCAGCACCCGCACAGCCCCCACAGCGCAAACACCACCGCAACCGCGAGCACUUUGCCACCAUACGCACAGCAUCUCUGGUGACACGCCAGAUGCAGGAACAUGAGCAGGAUUCUGAGCUGAGGGAGCAGAUGUCCGGUUACAAGCGCAUGAGGCGGCAGCACCAGAAGCACCUUAUGGCACUGGAGAACAAACUGAAAGCGGAGAUGGAUGAACACAGGCUGAGACUGGACAAAGAGCUGGAGGCCCAGAGGAAUAGCUUUGCCGCUGAGAUGGAGAAACUAGUGAAGAAAAACCAAGCAUCCAUAGAAAAAGAUGCCAAGACAUUUGCCAAUGAUGAGAAGAAAUUCCAACAGCACAUUCAAGCACAGCAAAAGAAAGAGCUUAGUAGCUUCCUGGAAUCACAGAAACGAGAGUACAAGCUAAGAAAGGAACAACUGAAAGAGGAACUAAAUGAGAACCAGUCCACCCCAAAGAAGGAGAAGCAGGAGAGGCUUUCAAAGCAGAAGGAGAACUUUCAGCACUACCAGGCAGAGGAGGAGGCCAACCUGCUCCGUCGACAGCGGCAGUACCUGGAGCUGGAAUGUCGUCGCUUUAAACGGCGAAUCCUCAUUGCAAAACACAAUGUAGAGCAAGACCUUGUACGCGAGGAGCUAAAUAAGCGGCAAACGCAGAAAGAUCUGGAACAUGCCAUGCUGCUCCGCCAUCACGAGUCCAUGCAAGAGCUGGAGGUGAGACAGCUGGGCACCAUCCAGAAGAUGCGUACUGAGCUGAUCCGCUUGCAGCAUCAGACUGAACUCACCAACCAGCUAGAGUACAACAAACGCAGAGAGCGAGAGCUACGCCGCAAACACGUUAUGGAGGUCCGGCAACAGCCCAAGAGCCUUAAAUCUAAAGAGCUGCAGAUCAAGAAACAGUUCCAGGACACGUGUAAAAUCCAGACACGGCAGUAUAAGGCCCUGCGCAACCACCUCCUGGAGACCACACCAAAGUCUGACCACAAGGCUGUGCUGAAGAGACUGAAGGAGGAACAGACCCGGAAAUUAGCCAUCCUUGCUGAGCAGUACGACCAUUCCAUCAAUGACAUGCUCUCCACACAAGCUCUGCGAUUGGAUGAGGCACAGGAGGCCGCAUGUCAGGUGCUAAAGAUGCAGCUGCAGCAGGAGCUGGAGUUGCUAAAUGCUUAUCAGAGCAAGAUCAAGAUGCAGACGGAUGCACAGCACGAUCGUGAGAGGAAAGAGCUGGAGCAGAGGGUUUCGCUGAGGAGGGCUCUUCUUGAGCAGAAGAUUGAAGAGGAGAUGGUUACCCUGCAAAAUGAGCGUUCAGAGCGAAUCCGCAGUCUAUUAGAGAAGCAGGCCCGGGAGAUCGAGGCGUUUGACUCUGAAAGCAUGCGUCUGGGCUUCAGCAACAUGGUGCUUUCUAGCUUGGCCUCAUCCGACGGCCACAGCCACAGCUUCCCGGGGGCCCAGAGUAGCUGGGGCUCUCAGUACGGUGCUGGCUCUCAGGGGUCACACUGGGGAGGGCACCAUAGCGGCAGCCAGCACGGCCACCACCACCACCCAAGCCACAGUGACUCUAUCCAGCAGCCUUGGGGUCACGGCCUGCCUUCAGGGGGGCCACCUCCCUGGGGGCACCACGUGUCUGGGGGCAGUCAGCGCUCGAGCGGGGGAAGUGUUGGGCUACGGAACAGUCCCCAGGUGGUACGGCGGGCCACCUCAGGGGGCCGCAGUGAGCAGGGGAUGAGCAGGAGUGCCAGCAUCGCCUCUCAGAUUUCCAAUGGCUCGCACUUGUCCUACACAUAAGACCACCCGCUGCUCUCCCACAACACCCAUCUUGACCCAAAAUGCCAUAGGGGAAGGGACAAAGGGGCACCGUGUUUUUUUUUAUUUUUUUUUUUUACACCCAUUCCUUUAUUUCUAAUCCUCUACAUUCAUAGGUUAAUACACAUGUUAAGCACAAAAUGCAUCCAUUGUAGUUUAAGUUCUAGGAAUGUCAGCCAGAAGGGAACUGGCCAGCUGUAUCAAACUACAGCUAGAAUCCAGAAUGUCAUUUUCGCAAUGAUGUGAAAAAGUUUUGAGUUCAGAGAAAAUGCACUGCAUAUGUAGAGUGUGUUUUAUCUGAUUUGAAAAUGUUAGUGAGGGUGAGAACGAAUAUAUGAAUGCUGUGCAUUACCUCACAGGUGAGACUGUAAGUCUUAAUGCAGUGGGUUUUAUCAUGGUCUUAUUAACAGCUGGUUUCGGUUAUAUAGAGCAGGAGAGGAGACACAUUGAUUCAUAAGAAAACAAUUGCAGAAAUAUAUAUAAAUAGAUGGUAUAAAGGUUGGAUAGCAGAUAGUGAAAGAAUCAAGCUUUACAAUGCACUUGAUUUUGUCUAACUUAGUAUUUUAUAAACAACAAGCACUAAUUUUAAUGUGUUACUAAACCAUAUGCUCUUUUUGUGCCAGAACAAAUUUUAACUUUGAAAAGAUACUGUGAAAUUCCAAGAUUUUGUUAGAAAUAUCUUGAGUAUUGAAUUAUCUUGAUUUUGUUUUGUUUAUGUUGCCAUUGCCAUCCUUCCACAGGUCCAAAUAACCAAAAACUGUGUGGAGAGCAGGAUGCCAUUUUGCUUUUAAAACUGAAAACUUAGCCUAAAAUUGUGAUAGUAGGUGUAUGAAUAGAUGUGUUCGAUUGCUUUAGGCCAAAAGGAGAUGAGUUAUAAGGUAGGUGAGCGAUAUGAUAUAACUAUAUUAACGUGGAGGUACUUUGGUGGUCUUGAAAGGUAGGGGUGUCUUGAACUGAAUAUGUGGAAUGACACUUAAAAACAGGUUUUGCUGUUGAAUGUACGCAAGUGUUAAAGCAUGCUGGCAUGGUAAAUCAUCCCCCCUGAAUAACAGUAUAAAAGCAGAAGCCGUUGAAGUAUAUUAAUGUUUGUUUUAGUCUUUUUAUUUAGUGAUGCCAAAGUUAACAAUUGCAACUAUGCAAAAGGAUAAUAGCCUGUCACAUUUAUGUCUUCUGUCACUAAGCUUAACAUCACAGAAAAGCACUUUACCAUCCUUUUGUACUCUUAGUUGCUCACUAGAGUCACAUACAAGCAGAUCUCCUGGUCCUUGGGUGCCCCCUCCUCCCCUUUCUCAGGCUGGGUUUGACAAGAGCGUGUUGUGUGGAUUUUAGGGGUGGGGAGGUCUGGGUUGGGUAGGCUUGAGACCGCUGAAUGUUUUUGCUGGGCGGGUGGGUGCCGCUGCUGUCGUCCCUGCAAUGCCUUUGUUUCUUCCAUGCCCACCCCAGAGCUCCAGCGACUGCCGCCCACCCUCCAACUGAACACUUAUCACAGCAUGUAGAAAAAGUGAUUAAAAAUGCUAUUAAAAAAGGUCAGAUAGAAUAUAAAACGUGAAAACGUGUGUGUAUAUUGUAUAUUUAGAAAUUUCAAUCAAUGAAUAAAUUGAAAUCAAUUUAAAGACCCGAGUUAAAACUAGACUAAAAAUUGAUUUGCUUGAAUGUGAAGAUAAAAGAAAAAAUAACUUGGUUUCUAAUAUUGAUUAUUUAAAAAGAGAAAAAAAUUCUAUAUAUGUAUACAUAAAACAUAUUCUCUGAGGUGUCAAGCUCAGCCAAAAAAAAAAAGAAUAUAUAAAUAUAUUUCCCCUGCAAUCACACUUAUACAGAGGAUGUCACUUUCCUUAGUCCUCUCUUUGCUCCUUGCUUUCAAAAGUAUGAAUUACCAUAUUCACUAGUGCCAGUACUCAUGUUCUGUUAUCUGUGAUCCAGCAGUGAACUUUCAUUUGAUAAAAGAUAAAAGGCAUUGGUUUUCAUUCAAAAAAAAAAAAAGAGAAAGAGAGAGAGAAAUGUCUGUCAUGCCUAUUUCAGAACGGCUUCAGAAACAUUUUUCCAGUAAAAUAAAUUCUAGUUUGAAAUAUCAAUGCUAUCUAUAAUAACUAUCAACUAUAAACAGUAUUUUGGCACAUUUCUGGUAUAUGCAUGAGAUUGCAGAUUUCAUGAAGUUGCUUAACUCCGAUUGACUAGCUAAAACCAACUGAGCCAAUCCUAAAGAUUUGGACCAAAUGUAACAAAUUAACAUAAGAUUAUUGACCCGGGUAAACUUAUACCAAUCAUUUAAUCACAUUCAGUACUCGUAAUGGAAUCACUGGAGCAGAGGUACAGCCAUAGACUCAAAAUGUGAGUUUGACCUCUCGCAAACAGGGUCAUGCAGUAUUUUCCAAAGGUGAGAGGUGUGCCCUGUUAUAAGAGAGCUGAUUUCUUUAGCUCAUAGCAUCCUUGUUUUAAUGACCCUUUUGUCAAGUGUGAAAACAAACAGGAUGAAGAAUAAUCAAAGAAGGUGGUACAUCUCUGUACAGUGUUUACCAGUAUUUCAACCUUUUUCUGUUUGUGGUUGUCUCGUUUUUUUUGUUUUUGUUUUUCAGCUUCAACAUUACCAUAGCAAUCCAUAUUUAACCUGUAUUAAAAUGUAUAGAUUGUAAAAAACUGAAUGUUGGAGAGAUUACAAAAAAAUGUUAUGGCUGUUCAUAACAAAACACUUACAAGUGAAUUAAAAUAUACAAAAAAUUAUGAAAACCUAAGGGGGACAAAGGUAAUGUUUUGUUUGUAAUUACUCCUUUUGUUGGCAGAGGGCUACUGGACAAACAAAUCAACUGUAAUAAAGUAAUUUUAGUAC